CUUUACGCAAUGACGAUGAAGGUUAUUUUUAAUCGUACCCUGGAAAAAAUAUGGUGAAAUAAAAUCAACUUUGGAACAGGAGACGUAAACAUUCCAAGUGACAAGACAGAGUUGACAGACGCGGGGCCAUGGGGAACACCAACAGCGAGAGGGGUGGUAUGGGCCAGGGUGAGAAGGCUCAUCGAAGAGACAGCCGUGGGGCCAAGGAAGGGGACCGGCCCAAAAUCCUGAUGGACAGCCCAGAGGACGCGGACAUUUUUCACGGAGAGGACAUGAAGCCCCCUCUGGAGAAAGAGGAGUUUCUGGCCUGGCAUGAGGACCUCGAAGCCAGUGACAAGGGGCUAACCAUAGACAGGCCCACUGUUUUUCGCUGGACCGGCGCUGGGAAAGAUGUCUUUGUGUCUGGCUCCUUCAACAACUGGGCCAGUAAGAUUCCUUUGAUCCGGAGUCAGAACACCUUUGUGGCUAUAGUGGACCUGCCUGAGGGGGAACACCAGUACAAGUUCUACGUGGAUGGGCAGUGGACCCACGAUCCCGCUGAGCCUGUGGUGACCAGCCAGCUUGGCACAGUCAACAAUGUGAUCCAGGUGAAGAAGACAGACUUCGAGGUGUUCGACGCCCUCAUGGUCGACUCACAGAAAUGCUCCGACAUGUCAGACUUGUCAAGUUCCCCCCCAGGGCCAUACCACCAGGAUGCCUACGUCCCCAAACAGGACGAGCGGUUGAAGUCCCCCCCAAUCCUGCCCCCCCACCUCUUGCAGGUCAUCCUCAACAAGGACACCGGCAUCUCUUGUGACCCCGCCCUGCUUCCAGAACCCAACCACGUCAUGCUCAAUCACCUGUAUGCACUGUCCAUUAAGGAUGGGGUAAUGGUUCUGAGCGCCACUCAUCGCUACAAGAAGAAGUAUGUGACAACGCUCCUGUACAAGCCCAUAUGACCUGCGGCCCCAGCCUGUAUCUCUGCACUCGCCGCUUUCUUUUAUGUACUUUUAGUUUUGCCUCGCGUUUCAUCUUUUGGAAUCAGACUCCAGUCUUCCAUUAUUCUUCCGCAGCACUGUAAAAUGGUUCCAUCAAUCCGUCCCUUCCAGUCUCCAUCUGUCCUGUCAUUGGACAGGGCAUCCUGAAUCACAGCCACGGGGACAUAUACUCUGUGUGUGUGUGUGUGUGUGUGUGUGUGUGUGUGUGU